GCGUAAGUGACCAACAACAAUAAACAUCAAAUCCUCUUCGGAUGUCAGCGUCGCUAUGCAAGUUCGGGUAUUAUCAACAUCGCUGGAGUGUAUUUUACUCAAGGAGUUGUGUCGAAUACUUCCGUGAACAGAGUUCCAAAUCUCCCCAGCAAUGGGUUAUAUCCCAGAAGAUGUACUGGAAUACCGCGCGCGCUUUGGAGGAAGGGAUAGAAUCUUCUUGAUUUCCGUUAUUUUCAUACUUUUAAUCAUCUGCGUGGUUUUUGUCACUUUGUAUGCACUAGAAAAGCAGGAGAAAAAGGAAGCGGAAAAAACUGCUAUUUGUAACAGCAAAGACUGCCUAUUUGCUGCUUAUGAUGUGAUACAGCAGUUGAAUCAGAGUGUAGAUCCAUGUGAUAAUUUCUACGAAUACGCGUGCGGCGGGUGGAUGGACAGCAACAAACUCAAGGCUGGCGAGACCUACAAGACAGGGCUGUCAAUGGUCUCCGAGAAAAACUACGCCCUUCUCAAGACCGCUAUGGAGGCUGCUCCUGAAAACUAUAAUACGAACCAAGCGGUGAUGAAGACUCACAAGUUUUACUCAUCCUGCAUCGAUACCGACGCGGUUAACAUAAGGAGAGACGGGGCUUUAAAAAUGUUCAUCCGGGACUUUGGGGGUUGGCACGUGACCCCUGACACCACAGGGAACGUUAGCUCGGUCCCAUUCCUCAAGCGAUUGGCAAAGAUGAACCGGGAGCUGGUCGGCGAGCACGGGAAUCAGCCGCUGAUUGGCGUGUCAGUGAACGCGGACCCACAUAAUUCAAACUCAUACAUAAUUCAGUUGGGAACAGGGAAGACGGGCCUGGAGAGGACUUAUUAUUUGACGAACAGCUCCAACAGUAGAGAGAUCCAGCAAGCGUACAAGCAGUACAUGAAAGAUGUGGCGAUGUUGCUUGGUGCUGAUAGUAAGACAGCCCAAGACAUGAUGAUGGAGGUUUACCACUUCGAGGAGAAGCUUGCGACGAUCGAACAUGACAUAUUUGGUGGUUUUACUGAGACCGAGUUGAUGAGCCGAGCAGCCGAGCCUGGGAAUUUGUUGUUUGACCUGAGGAUGACGAUAGAAGAGCUUGCCAACUACAGUAACAUAUCCGUUGAACCUCUAUUAGAGUAUAUCCAGGACGUAUUCCAAGAGCAGGAUUUCUCCGUAAAUAAAACAGACCAGAUCCUAGCAUACCCGCCAGAUUACUACAAGGCAGUCUUACUACUUUAUCAGAACCAGACUAACACGGAUCCUCGCGUUCUGGAUAACUAUGCCAUGUGGUCCAUAAUAGAUGACGUCAUCAGCGUCCUGGACUCUAACUACACCAACGCGUACAUGGCGUUCAUGCGCUCCAAGGUUGGCAACAUGACGGUGAAGCGGUGGGAACAAUGCCUCCUCAAGAUGCAGCAGACAGCGCUGCGCAUGCCACUAGGAUUACUAUUCGUGGACAAAGCCUUCCCCAAGGAGAGCAGAGCAAGUAUUGAAGAUAUGUCCAAAUACAUAAGAAAUUCGUUCAUUGAUAGCGUCGACAGUUUACCGUGGAUGGACGGAGCCACUAAGGAAAAAGCAAAGGAAAAGGCCAUCGCCAUACACGAGAGCAUUGGUUACCCCGACUACAUCAAGGACCCAGCUAAACUAGAGGCCAAGAUUAAAAACCUGACAUUUGGUGACCGAUUAUUCGAAAAUACUCUGUCCCUUAUCAAAUUCACAGUCCAAACAGAUCUAGCACAACUGAAAAAGCCGGUUAAUCGUGAAAAAUGGGAGCUUGGCCCUUCGCAAGUGAACGGUUAUUACAACUCGCGUCAGAACAGAAUCGUAUUUUUAGCAGGGAUUCUACAACCGCCUUUCUUCAAUCCGCUCUACCCAAAAUAUCUGAACUAUGGGGGUCUUGGGAUGGUGAUUGGGCACGAGAUCACGCACGGAUUUGACGGUUCAGGUCGAAUGUUCGAUAAAGACGGCAAUCUUAAUAACUGGUGGUCAUCUGAGGCCAGCAUGAACUUCAACAGCAAGACACAGUGUCUGGUUCACCAAUACAAUACUUACUCCGCAUUUGGAAAGAACUUAAAUGGUUCACAAACGCUGAACGAAAACAUCGCUGACAAUGGCGGAAUCAAGAUGGCUUACGAAGGCUACAAGGCUUGGACCAGGGAGAACAGUGCAGAGGGUGCUUUACCCGGACUUGGCCUGUCGGUAGAUCAACUCUUCUAUGUUGGUUUUGCUAGGCCCUGGUGCAGCAUCUAUACUGAGCAGACUGCCAUUCUUCAGAUAAAUACUGAUUCUCAUUCAUAUCCGAAAUACAGAGUUAUAGGCCCUUUACAGAACGACCCACUUUUCUCUGAGGUUUUCCAAUGCAAGAAGAAUUCGAAAAUGAAUCCAGCGAAGAAGUGUGCUGUCUGGUGACGUGUAAUCCUAGGAAUUAGCCAUUCAGAGAGCCAUGCUAUCUGGUGAUGUGUAAUCCUAGGACUUAGCCAUUCAGAGAGCCAUGCUAUCUGGUGAUGUGUAAUCCUAGGACUUAGCCAUUCAGAGAGCCAUGCUGGGCGCAAGUCUCGUUUUGUUAUUGGAAAUAAGCCUUAUGUGGAAGAUAUUCAAAGGUGAAGGUGUUUAUAAUCAUGGUGAAACUUUUCAUGAAGAUGUUGUGGUAAUGAAAGUGAUUUAUAACAAUGAUGAUAAAACAUGUGAAUAUGAUGACGGUAAAAGAUGAUGAUGAUAAAAGGAAAUUUAACGAUGACGAUAUUAUAAUGAGGGCAAUUCAGUUGGCAAGUUGUCUGCAUAGGUAGAAUCAGUAAUGUAUAGAUAUUGUUAGCUUUCUACCUACUGUCGACAUAAUUGUAGGUUCAAAGCUUGUGCGUUUUUUUUUGUCCAUGGAAAAUGGCCUUUUUGGUUAGAAUCAUAUCACAAUUGCUCCUGUGGGAAGACGGUCACGCGAUAGAUGUUGUCACACAAAUCCUACUGGUUUCACUAGUUUAAGAUUAAGACUGAUUAAGAUUCCACUGUAUCUUCGCAAAAAAGGCUUUAACAAAGUGUAAAAGUUAAGAACAAAGUUUGGCCAAUUAUAUUUUUUCUUCUAUUAAAAGUGCGUUCAUCCAUAA